AUGGAUUCCAUCCGCGAUUAUAGCAGUAUCAUCCACUCACCGUCGUUCACCUUCCUUGUCGGCCCAAAGCACACUAAGCUGACAAUCCAAUCGGGUCUCGCUCAGCAUGUCUCUAAACCGCUGCAUAAUCUCAUGAAUGGCCAUACAAGAGAAUCAAAACACCGAAUCGCCGUACUGGAGGACGAGGAUGUCGAAACUUUCGUCGCAUUUUGCGAAUAUGCAUACACCGGUGAUUACAGCGUGCCUCGCCCCGAGCCGGAGCCGGAGCCGGAGCCGGAGCUAGAGGAAGAUCCUGGAGUUGGAGUCGUAGAGAGUGCGCCCAGUACCGCCACUUGGAGAGACACAUACCGAACUGCUUCAGUCUCUUCCUCCGCGGUGCCCCCGCAUGCACCGACACCGCCUCCCGAGCAUCGCCGCGGUUAUGGCUCGGCCUCUGGAUCUGCGUACCAGGAGUCGCAGCCUGAUACAUUGAUAUUGGGGUCGGUGACCACUGCGGCGGAGCCUGAGCCAGCAGUAGAGCUAGUGCCUGAAGAUCAUAUCGAGGCAUUUGAGACGGACGCUGCACCGGGGGAGGAGGAGGAGGCACCACUAUCUGCUCCCGCCCAAGAGUUUCCUGAAGUGACUGACGAGCCUGCCGCGGCUCCAGCUGAGGAACCUGAGCCAUGGGGACUGGAACAACCAGUCAAGACGUCGUCGAAGAAAGAAAAAAAGAAGAAAGAUCUAAAGAAAAAGAAAGAUCUAAAGAAGAAGAAAGAGAAGAAAGGUAAUGGAGGCAACGAGCCAGAGCCAGAGCCAGCGCCUAUGGAAGACGAAAUCCCAGAAUGUGAGCCAGCCAGCCUCACGCCGCCAUCGACACCUCCCACCUAUUCCAAGGCAAAACCAGAAGAGUAUUCUGCAGAGCCCGAGUGGCCAGCAGAUGCUGAGCCUGAGCCUGAGCCACCACAGCCAGUGGAAGAAUGGCCUGAGUCCAAGUCCGCACCCGUAACACCAUCAAUGGAAGAUUCGUGGACUCAAAACCAAACCAACAACCGAACCCGCCAAAGACCAAUGCUGGACAUGUCCUUCGCCAACCAACAAGCUUCCUCGCCCUGCGAGCCAGGCCUCAGUCUCUGGGAGGAAUUCGCCUCUCUCCAAUACAAUGAAGAGACAACCCCCAAGUCAACUACCCCACCAACCCUCCCCUACCUAACUUUCCACGCAAAGGUCUACGUCUUCGCCACCCGCUACUUGAUCCCGGCCCUCGCCCAGCUCUGUCUCCGCAAGCUCCACGCCGAUCUCCUCACCCUGCCCCUCGAUAAUAGUCCCUUGGCAGCCUCGAGGGCCCAGAUGGUCCUCGACCUCGUACACUACGCAUACACGAAAACCGCCCGGCUGGAACCCAUCUCACCGACGUCUGCGACGCAGCUUCGAGAGAAUGAGCUCCGCAGGCUGGUCGUGCAUUACGCUGCUUGCAAGGUCAAGGAAUUGGCGAGGUAUCGUGCUGAUGAAUCGGCAGCGGUAACGCCUUUACCUCAAGAGAAAAUGGAGAGUGCGCCAAGAAGUCUGAGGUCACUGCUGGAUAUGACGACGGAGUUGGCUUCUGAUCUUGUUUAUCGCAUGAUGUGA